CAUCCAUGAACCAACCUGUCUAAUCUCCUCUCUAUCUAGCUUUCUCCUCUCUCCUCUGAGAACUGACAUUCUUUUAGACAUUCUGUUUGAGCUUCUGUGAGCUACAGUGGUGGAAGACGAAUUUAGCCUUGGACCUUUGUGGAAAUAUCUAAUCUCUCCUUUCUAGAUUCUCUCAACCGUCAAAGAUCCUUUGUGGGUGUCGCUGACCGACUUCUGAUCUUCAUUUCUCUGUUUCCAUCUCUUUCUUUUAAAUCCUUUUUUCGGUGAAAAUAAUAUUCAGAAUCGAUUUCUUCAGCUUUUGUUAAAUUUUGCUGUUGUGAUUCUGCUUUUGGUGAUGAGGGGGUUGUUUUAGUUUGAUCUGAAGAAACAGAGGGAGAAAGUGAUAAGAGAUAUGGAGCUUAUUGAAGGGGUUGGGGAGAGCUCUUCGCCUCAGCGUAGUAGUUUCGGGGGUUUCAGUGGGUAUGAUGUAAGGACGGAUGUGUAUAACCGCUUGAUGGAGUGCGGGAACGAGGAAGCGACGUGUAAUCCCGAGUUUCGUGAGCUGUUGGAUGCUCAUUUUAAUCGCUUGCCUUCUAGAUAUGCACUCGAUGUGAAUAUGGAUAGAGUGGAAGAUGUUUUGUUACAUCAAAAACUUCUUGCUAUGGCAAAGGACCCAGAAAAGCGACCUGUCUUCCAUAUCCGAUCCUUGGAGGUACUACUCAUUAGUUUGAUUUUCUGAUGGCCAAAUUUUUGU